GCAAGUGUACGUUUUUUCAGGCCGCUCGAUAAGUGAGUUUGUUUCCGGUUGUGUCUCUUAUGUGUAACACACUCAGCUGCAGUGAAGUUGAACCUUAAACGCUGGAAACGUCGAGUUUGGAUUUACACACUUUUCUGGCUCCACUACAUUCGAGUCUGUUAGGCUCGGACAAGAGAGUAAAGUGUCUUUGGUGAUGUAAAUAAAGCGGUUUGAGAAGGAUUGUUUUGGGCAGAAGAAACAUGUCUGGAUGAAGAAGAGAGUUUAUCGCCUUCAAACUGCAGGUUUCUGUAAUGACUGGUUAAUUUGGGUAUAAUGGAGACGAAGUCUCCACACAGGCACAGGUUUUAUAUGAUUUCACGGCAGAGCCUGGGAAUAAUGAGCUGUCGGUUCGAGAGGGUGAGACAAUCACAAUAACCAACCGGAACAUUGGUGGAGGAUGGCUUGAGGCAAAGAACUCCAGAGGAGAGGUCGGAUUGGUGCCAGAGGACUAUAUAGAGAUUAACCAGGCUAAGCCUUUUACUUCUGGAGGAAAUGCAGCCCCCCUCGAUCUCUCGUUCUUCGACAGUCACAUGCCGACCCCGGCCAGCACCGCACAGGUGGAUGUAGCUCAGCCGGAAACUCCAGUCACCCCAGUAACCCCAGGAUUUUCAUCCACCUCCCCUGAUGAGACAAGUAAUGGUAAUGACCCAUGGGCAGUGUUUGAUAGUAAUGCAUCUGGGGGGUUUUCUAAUAACUGGGCAGCUCAGCCAGAGGGCACCGAGACGGGGAAAACCAGCAGCAAUGCAUGGCCUUCUGGAGGACAGGGGCAUCCGCAGGCCUACCAGGGUCCAGACAUUUACCCCUACCCAUGUCUUAUUGAUCUCUCAGGCGCAGAAGAUGAUGAGUGGGACGAGGAGUGGGAUGACGUGAAGUCAUCGGGUGGCUAUGCUGAAUCUGAAGCUGGAGAGGGCGGAGCUAUAAACAGAGGCGGAGCUCAUGGUUCAUCCAUGAAAAUUGCCCUCAACAAAUUUCCUGGUUUCUCUAAAUCAGGUCCUGAGCUGUACUUGCUGUCCAAACUGCCCGCCAAGGGAACCAAACUGUCUGUUUAUACAGGAGAAGUUGGCCCAGUGUGGGCGUAUCCAGACUAUCAGCUGGACUGUGUUGUCGCUGACCCUAAAAAGGGCUCCAAAAUGUAUGGCCUCAAGAGUUACAUUGAGUACCAAGUCAUACCCACUACCACGAACAAGCCUGUCAUUCACAGGUACAAGCACUUCGAUUGGUUAUAUGAAAGGCUUUUGGAAAAAUUUGGAUCGGCUAUUCCAAUCCCCUCUCUGCCUGAUAAGCAGGUGACAGGUCGCUUUGAGGAGGAAUUUAUAAAAAUGCGCAUGGAAAGGCUUCAGGGUUGGAUGUCGCGAAUGUGCCGGCAUCCCGUUGUCUCCAGCAGUGAAGUCUUCCAACUGUUUCUCUCGUACAAAGAUGAGAAGGACUGGAAAAUGGGAAAGAGAAAAGCAGAAAAAGAUGAGACCGUCGGAGUCAUGGUUUUCUCCACGAUAGAGCCCGAGGGACUGCCAGACCUGGACCUGACUGAAGUAGAGCAGAAGUGUGAACAGUUCAACCGUUUCACCAAGGCAAUGGAUGAUGGUGUGAAAGACUUGCUGACAGUAGGAAAUGAACACUGGAAACGCUGCACAGGCCCUCUUCCAAAGGAAUAUCAACGGAUUGGCAAAGCUUUCCAAAACCUGUCCUCGGUGUUCAUCAGCAGUGGAUAUGAAGGAGAGGCUGUGCUCACAGAUGCACUGACGGCAGCAGGAAAGACCUACGAGGAGAUUGCUCAGAUGGUGGCAGAGCAGCCCAAGAAAGACCUUCACUUCCUCAUGGAAACUAACAAUGAGUACAAAGGUCUGCUGGGAUGCUUUCCUGAUACUAUUGGCGUUCACAAGGCUGCCAUAGAGAAGGUAAAGGAAGCAGAUAAACUAGUGGCUGCGGGUAAAAUCACCCCCUCAGAUAAGAUCACCAUGUCCAAACGUGCCAGCACCAUGUCUUACUCUCUGCAAGCCGAAAUGAACCACUUCCAUAGCAACCGUAUCUAUGACUACAACAGGGUGAUGCAGCAGUACCUGGAGCAGCAAGUCAAAUUCUAUGAGAUGAUUGCAGAGAAACUACGACACGCUCAUGGUCAGUUCACUACUAUGUAACGGCGGAGAAGCUGCCUCACUCUUUCUCUCUCUUCAUCUUACACGAUUAUUCUCGUUCUGUUUUUCUGUUCAUGUUAUUGGUGUCAUGAUGUCAGUGCCAUAAAAAUCUCCUGUCGAUCUCAGGCCAAAGAUAGCAGCGAUCAUGUCCUGCAUGAGCACUGGCCGAGCUCAAGUGUUUUUAAAAAGCAGCUACAGAUUGUGACUAAAAUAUCAGAUUAUAUGGGAGCUUGAAUUAUUAUAAUUAUGUAGUUGUUGAUUUGAUGGAUGUUCCAAGGUUUGUUAGUUUUGAUUAAUGAUAAAUAUGAAAGAUGCAGAGAGAGACGCAACAUUUAUACAACACAUGCUUUUAUACAAGUGAUCUAAAGAGAUUCUGGUGCAUGUAUGAGGCCAAGCCAAGUUUGAUUGUGCCUGGAUUUGUAGAGACCCUGCAAAAAAAUAAAUAUAUACAUGCCCCACUGCACUUUACUGUGGCCUUUCAGAUGCAUCAUCCUGUUUGUGUUUGGUCUCAAAAACAAUCCCAAUCAUUAUCAUUGAACUUUUCUGGAGAUGAUAACCGGAGGGCUGGUCCUUUUUCCCCAUAAGAGACAUUGUGACAUUAAUUUUCUCUCCCCAAAGCCAAAUAACAAACCGAGAUUAUGCUCAGCUUGAUGCUUCCACCUCAGUGCAAUUAUCACCAAUUUGUUAUCCUGUAAAAAUCACAUUAUACUCCACCUGAUGCAUGUUGUUCAUAUAUAUUUUUAUGUAUAGCAGUGGUUGCAAGUCUUUUGCACGCAUAAUGACAAAACAAUUGAGAUUACGAUUUAAUAAAAACUGAUUUGUAUGCUA